ACCAAGCUUGCUGGUGGAUGUGUGGUGCUGGUGUGUGACUGGGGCCGUCUAAUCAUGAACAGUUUUGGGGGCAACGUUGUCUUCUGUGUGCUUGCAGUAUGGGCUAAUAUGGACAUAUCGCUGGGACAGAUGGAUGAUACUGGAUUUCAAAAAUGCAAGGAUGCCUUGAAAGUCCCUGUCCUGGAAGUCUUACCUGGAGGAGGCUGGGAUAAUCUGCGGAAUGUGGACAUGGGACCCGUGAUGAACUUGACUUACACCAGCUGCAGGACCACCGAGGAUGGACAGUACAUCAUCCCUGAUGAAAUCUAUACUAUUCCCCAGAAACAGAGCAACCUGGAGAUGAAUUCAGAAAUCCUGGACUCCUGGAUGAAUUACCAGAGCAGCACCUCAGCCUCCAUCAACCUGGAGCUCUCCCUUUUUUCCAAAGUCAAUGGCAAGUUCUCCUCUGAGUUCCAGAGGACGAAGACUCUCCAAGUGAAGAACCAAGCUAUCAUGACCCGUGUUCAGGUAAGAAACCUGAUGUACACUGCCAAAAUCAACCCCACGUCGGCACUGAACUGGAGGUUUAAGAAGGAGCUCCUGGGCAUCUGCGACCGUCUGGAGAACAACCAGACUCGUAUGGCGACCUACUUGGCAGAGCUCCUGGUCCUCAAUUAUGGCACCCACGUGGUCACCAGCGUGGAUGCAGGGGCUGCACUCAUCCAGGAGGACUAUAUCAGGAGCUCCUUCCUGCAGGACAGCCAGAGCAGCCUCAGCGCCAUCACCACGUCCGCAGGAGUGACCUUCCAAAACAUCGUGAACUUCAAAAUUGAGGACAAGGUAGUCUUGCAGGACACCUUCACCAAGAACUACCUCUCCAACCGCACCAACUCCAGGGUGCAAAGCCUGGGCGGCGUUUCUUUCUACCCAGGCAUCACGCUCCAGGCUUGGCAGCAGGGCAUCACCAACCACCUGGUGGCCAUGGACCGCACAGGGCUGCCGUUGCAUUUCUUCAUCAGCCCCGACCUGCUGCCCAACCUGCCGGUGCCCCUGGUGAAGAAGCUAUCCAAGACUGUGGAAGGCGCCGUGAGGCGCUACUACGCCUUCAACACCUAUCCUGGCUGCACGGAUGUCAAUUCACCCAACUUCAAUUUUGAGGCAAACACUGAUGAUGGCUCUUGUGAGGGGAAGAUGACCAACUUCUCCUUUGGGGGUGUUUAUCAGGAAUGCACUCAAUUCUCCGGGAGCGAGGUAGUGCAGCUAUGCCAAACCUUGGAGCAGAAGAACCCGCUCACUGGCGCCUUCUCCUGCCCCUCUGGCUACUCCCCGGUCCGCCUGCUGUCGCAGACCCACGAGAUGGGCUACAACCACCUGGAGUGCCAGCGCAAGUGCACCCUCCGCAUCUUCUGCAAGACCGUGUGUGAAGACGUGUUCCGGGUGGCAAAGGCUGAAUUUAGGGCUUUCUGGUGCGUGGCCAAUGGCCAAGUACCCAACAACUCGGGGCUCCUUUUUGGGGGCCUCUUUAGCGAGAAGAGCAUAAACCCUCUGACAAAUUCCCAGUCGUGUCCAGCUGGCUACAUUCCACUGAGUCUCUUCGAAAGCCUCAAGGUAUGUGCCUCCCAGGACUAUGAGCUGGGAAGCAGGUUUUCCGUCCCAUUUGGUGGAUUCUUUAGCUGUGUGGUUGGGAACCCUCUGGUGGACCCCGCCAUAUCCAAAGAUUUAGGGGCCCCUUCUCUGAAAAAGUGUCCCGGGGGCUUCAGCCAACACCUAGCGCUCAUCAGCGACGGCUGCCAGGUGUCCUACUGUGUCAAGGCCGGCCUCUUCAUGGGAGGGGCUCUGCCCCCUGCCAGGCUCCCACCUUACACCCGGCCACCCCUCAUGAGUCAGGCCCCCACCAACACUGUCUUGGUGACGGACCCCGAGACCGCCAGCUCCUGGAUCAAAGACCCCCAGACGCACCAGUGGAAGCUGGGGGAGCCCCUGGAGCUGCGCAGGACCAUGACCGUGAUCCACGAGGAUGCCGGUGACCUGUCGGCCAAAGCGACAAUCGGGAUCACCAUGGGGGUUGCUGCCACCCUGGCAGUCGCCAUCCUGCUGCUGGUCAUCUACAGGACCCGCAAGCACAACAACAGGGGAUACCAGGCGAUCCAGGAUGAGAGGCAGAGUCUGGCAUCGGGUAUUCCGGACCAUGGAGACAAUGCUGACCAAAAGCAGGAGCUGUGUCCAGCCUGAAUCUCCCAGACUCUCGCGUCCAUCUCCCCGGAGUUUCUAGCAUGACCCUCACAUCUCUCUCCACUUCUGUCUUCCUAAGUAUUGAAAUGGCAAGAACCACAAAAAGCAGGUACAACUUAGUGACUUCUUUAGGUCUCUGGGACAGAAAAUUAAUAGAACAACCUGGGGUGGGGAUUUUAAGGAAAGCUCAUCCUCUGCACUAAAAUAUAAAGAAGAUGUUGUUUAUCUUGUGCCUCACUAGUGAUUUACUUCUAAGUGCACACAUGUGGAAAGAGAGGGGAGCAGGUUGGUGUUUGGACUGGGGGGGCAUGCAUUUACGCUGGGGCUGGUGGUGGUUUCUAAUGCAAGAGCUAGAAGAAUUUCUGCCUUUUAAAUGUUGCCCUUCCACUGUUUUGAUUUAAAAAAUUAUAUCUGGACUGCUUGCUCCUGGAGGUGAGCAGAGCCCCCAGCGGAGAAAGGAAGUUCUGUCGGCUACUCUUUUAUAGAUUUGAGGCUCCACGUUGAGCAGAGAUGGUGUCUAUCAAGUCCACAAUAUCCAACUUCCCCACGACCAAGACUUAUUUGGACCAGACACUCCUGAACUUCACACUAGUGUCUUUUAGGAGCUCAAGAGAAGGGGUGGUUUGGAAAUAGGAGUCAGUGAAGAAAGGGUGAAAACUAGAAAAUAUUCUGGUAAUCACGGGAUAUUAGAAUUCUUACCCACAGCCAGGUACAGUUGACCCUUGAUUAACUAGGAACUUAGGGGCACCACCUUCCCCCCACCCCAGUUGAAAAUCUGAGGAUGGCUUUUGAAUCCCCUCAAACUCAAGGACAGCCAUCCUUUGGUAUCCCCAGAGAUUGGUUUCAAGAUCCCCACCCCAAAAUCUAUGGGUGCUCAGGUGCCUCUUAGUGGGUCCUUUGUCCCCAGGGGUUCAACAACCAACUGCAGAACCUCAGGAUAGGAAAAAAAUCUGCUUGUAGAUAGACCUGUGCAGGUCAAACCCGUGUUGUUUAAGGAUCACCUGGACCUGGUUUCUUUCUGUUAGUUCAUCAUAAACAGGGCAAAGGCGCUGCAGACUUGGCCAGAUAAACAUUAUAAUUUCCUGGUGUAUGUCACCCCAAAACAACCCUUCCUCUUUGAUGAGUGGAACUUACCUUCCUGCCCCCCCCCCACCAAACACACACACACACACACACACACACACACACACACACACACACUCUUUUCUAGCAUUUUUCUAGGACUGGAAGGCAAGGGAAAAAGCAAGAAGUCAAAAUAAGCCCAUGCCUAAGUACUCCUUCCUCCCUGAAUCCAAAAGAGAGCAGAAAACAGCAAUUAGCUAUCCACCUUUAUUUUUUCCAGUAGAAAGGUGACUGACAUGAUCAAAUGCACAUUUUUAAAGGAAAUGAGAAAGUCAUCAACACCACUUGUGACACACCUAUUUCUCUUCCGAGUUGACUUCCCUGGGGCACCUGGUGGGGUCCAUGGUGGUCCCUUGACACUUGGGGGUUGACCCAAUUUGAUAUCAGGCUCAGUUAAUUGUUACUACUAGGAUGAAUCUGUUCAUGUUUCUCCUUGUUAUCUUUGAAAGGUAUCUAUUUCUUCACCAAAUCAAAUGUCUUUAGUGAUUUAUCUUCUCUAAAGGUUCAUGUUCACAAGCUUAGGCUUACAAUAUGUUUUUCUGAGAAUUCUGGGGCGUUCCAGUCUUUGGGAAGACGGAGACAGGGGAGUCACUCAUUCUGCCACUGAUACAGAGAAGUGAAUCACAGAAGUUGAGCCUGCUCCUUUGUCUGCCCUGAUUUCAACAACCACAUCACUUAAUCCUGCCUCUGAAGCAGUAAAAUGUUCUCCUUGGCCUCUGGUGUUUGGUGGGUGUGUUUCAGCCAUGCUAACCACUUUUCUGCAAAUACUGAUUUUCCCAUGAAUUUUUUUUGAAGAUUCCUCAGUCAGAGAGACAAAGAAAAAUUGAAGGUCCUCAGACUUUUAAUGUACUAACUACUCAUUGAUCUAAAAUGUUCUUAUGUUGCCUUAUAUUUCUACUAACACAAGUGCACAUACUUAAGCAUUAAAAUGUAUACUUAAGGAACAAUCUGUCCGACUGUUGAUCCGAAAAUCUGGAGUGUGGGAGUUUGUCUGCACCCUCCAUUCCCAAC